AUGUCUGCGACACCCAAGAAACCCGGGACUGGAACAAAUGGGACCAGCUCCCGGUCUUCCACCGGUGACAGUCCUGGCACACACUCCCGAAGUCCAUCCAAGUCCACCAACGGCCUUCAACGAACCCCAUCCGGUCGCGCUUCGCCAGUGUCGGCUCGUGCAGCAGCCCGGAAGCCUGGUCGAUCGAAUCUCAGCGUGUCCAGUGUUCCCAAGGUCACGAAUAAUGACUCGUCCGACGAGGAAGCGCGGGCACAGAAUGCCGCCCUCAUCGAGGAGUUGAAGGAGCAGUUGCAGAAGGCUGAAAGCGCUUCGGAGGAGUAUCGGAAGCAGCUCGAGGUCCUCCAGGUGCGCCUGGAUGAGGCGAUUGCAGAACAAACAAGGCUCGAGGACCAGGCUCAUGAGAAGGACAGCAAGAUUGAAGCCUUGAAUGCGGAAAUCCGGGAGCAUGCUCGCCAGCUGCGUGACCUGGAGCAAGCGCACGAGCGGGAGCGUAAUGCUAUGUUGCAGGACAAGGAACAGCAGGCGAGUCGGGAGGAAGAGCUGCAGGCGACUAUCCAACGCCUGAAGGAGUCUCUUGCCCAGAAGGAGCGGGCGAACACAGAGGGUGAUAAAAAUGUUUCUCGAUCAUCCAGCUUUCGCAGUCGAUCCUCUCCAGACGUUGACAACGGACAAUUUGCUCCUUCCUCUCAGCUAGAGCGCAGCCCUUCCCGGAACAACUCGCAAUUACUCUUACAAAAAGACAAGUUGAUUGAAUCUCUACGGCUGGAACUGGCAGAAUCGCAGAUCAAGCUCGUGGAGUUGGAGAACAAGGGCGGCGGUCGCCAGCAGGAGCUGGAACGAGAACUCCUGGAGGCCCGGAUGGCCAAUGCUCGUUUGAUGGAAGACAACGAGAGCUACCAGCUGCUGCUGAGCGAGAAGACGUUGAACGGUGAUUUUACGAAAGGCGAUUUCCUACACAAUGCUGCCCCAGGAGGUUCCCAAGGCCGCCAAAGUUCUCUGGCGGAUGAGCUCGAGUCGGUGGGUGAAGGGAGCGCGGCGGAGAUCCGCAAACUGGAGGCAGAGAUCAGGAAUCUCAAGGACCAGAACAAGGCCCUGACUCUGUACAUCGAGAGAAUUAUUGGCCGUCUCCUGCAGCACGAAGGCUUCGAAAAGAUUCUGGACAAGAAUGAGAAUCCGGCCCCCACCACCACUACCUCAAAGACCGACAAGGAACUUCCACCAGCCCCUCCUGAGAAAGAUGGCCAAUCUUCCACCCUUCUGCAGCGAGCCAAAUCGGUCGUGACGGGUCAAACAACAAACCGCCCUCGGCCUAAACCCCGCCCGUCCAGCGUCAUGCAGGCGCCCACCUCGGCUCCCUCUGCGUUUGAGAAUCCGGAGACGGCUCCUAGCAUUCCUCUGACUCGCGCCCCGUCUAUCCGAGCCCACCGCAGGACUCGCUCCGACCAACCCACCGACGGGACGGCGGCCGCGGUCGUCGGUCAGAUGUACCGUGGGCCUUCGAGCGCUCGCAGUGCUUCUGGCGGGCCCAUGAGUCCGACCACCAUGGGACCGGGCUCCCGACAGAGUGGCAUCUUCGGCUCCAACUACAUCUCGGGCGUCGGCGCUGGCAGGCGUGCUCCAUCUCAGAGCAGCCAGCCCGAGCGCAAGAGACUCAGUAGCUCUGACAGUGUCUCCAGCGAUGCCAAUGCCGAAGUCAGCUCGACGGGAGCUGUUUCGACUCCCCCCAGCCGCAACAGCAGUGGCAUGACCAACUACACGGGUGCCGUGAUGAUGCAGAACAAGCUGCGGCCGCUGCGACUGGUCCAAGAGAACCAGGAAGAAGACGAGGCUGCCAAGAAAAAGGCCAAUCGCAAUAGCUGGAUCCCCUGGUUCGGCCGUGCUAAAGAGGACGAGAGUGUCCACUCCUGA